UGCCCGCCCAGUUCCUGUCCCCAGACUGAGGCCCAGCCUCCUUCACCUGUUUCCAUCACGAGUGCUGCCAGCAUGUCUGACAAACUGCCCUACAAAGUUGCUGCCAUCGGCCUGGCUGCCUGGGGACACAAGGCCCUGGACAUCGCCGAGAACGAGAUGCCGGGCCUGAUGCGUAUGCGGGAGCGGUACUCGGCCUCCAAGCCACUGAAGGGCGCCCGCAUCACCGGCUGCCAGCACAUGACCGUGGAGACGGCCGUCCUCAUUGAGACCCUCGUCACCCUGGGUGCUGAGGUGCAGUGGUCCAGCUGCAACAUCUUCUCCACCCAGGACCAUGCAGCGGCUGCCAUUGCCAAGGCUAGCAUUCUGGUGUAUGCCUUGAUGGGCGAAACGGACGAAGAGUACCUGUGGUGCAUUGAGCAGACCCUGUACUUCAAGGACGGGCCCCUCAACAUGAUUCUGGGUGAUGGGGGCGACCUCACCAACCUCAUCCACACCAAGUACCCGCAGCUCCUGCCAGGCAUCCGAGGCAUCUCUGAGGAGACCACGACUGGGAUCCACAACCUCUACAAGACGAUGGCCAGUGGAAUCCUCAAGGUGACUGCCAUCAAUGUCAAUGACUCCGUCACCAAGAGCAAGUUUGACAACCUCUAUGGCUGCCAGGAGUCCCUCAUAGAUGGCAUCAAGCGGGCCCCAGAUGUGAUGAUUGCCGGCAAGGUAGUGGUGGUAGUAGGCUACGGUGAUGUGGGCAAGGGCUGUGCCCAGGCCCUGUGGGGUUUCAGAGCCCGCAUCAUCAUCACCGAGGUUGACCCCAUCAAUGCACUGCAGGCUGCCAUGGAGGGCUAUGAGGUGACCACCAUGGAUGAGGCCUGUCAGGAGGGCAACCUCUUUGUCACCACCACAGGCUGCGUUGACAUCAUCCUUGGCCGGCACUUUGAGCAGAUGAAGGAUGAUGCCAUUGUGUGUAACACUGGACACUUUGACGUGGAGAUUGAUGUCAAGUGGCUCAACCAGAACGCUGUGGAGGUGGUGAACAUCAAGCUGCAGGUGGACCGGUAUUCGUUCAAGAAUGGGCGCCGCAUCAUCCUGCUGGCUGAGGGUCGGCUGGUCAACCUGGGUUGUGCCAUGGGCCACCCCAGCUUCGUGAUGAGUAACUCCUUCACCAACCAGGUGAUGGCACAGAUCGAGCUGUGGACCCAUCCAGACAAGUACCCCACUGGGGCUCACUUCCUGCCCAAGAAGCUGGAUGAGGCAGUGGCUGAAGCCUACCUGGGCAAGCUGAAUGUGAAGUUGACCAAGCUAACUGAGAAGCAAGCCCAGUACCUGGGCAUGUCCCGUGAUGGCCCCUUCAAGCUGGAUCACUACCGCUACUGAGAGCCAGGUCCAGUGGUUCUUCAGCCCAUGACAGAUGAGAAGGGGCUAUAUUGAAGGGCAAAGAGGAACUGUUGUUUGAAUUUUCCUGAAAGCCUGGCUUAGCGCUGGGCCUUCUGUUAAACCUCAUUACAAUGAGGUUAGUACUUUUAGUCCCUGUUUUACAGGGGUGAGAAUAGACUGUUAAGGGGCAACUGAGAAAGAACACAGAAGCGACAGCUAGGGGUUGAGAGGGGCCAGAAAAACAUGAAUGCAGGCAGAUUUCGUGAAAUCUGCCACCACUCUAUAACCAGAUGGUUCCUUUCACAACCCUGGGUCAAAAACAGAAUAAUUUGGCCUAUAAUGUUAAAAGAAAGCAGGAAGGUGGGUAAAUAAAAAUCUUGGUGCCUAAAAAAAAAA